UCGAUGGGUUUGAAGACAAAACCUCGACAAUUGUCUGUUGAAGUCAGUGUACGUGUCAGAGUCCCCCAUUUAUUGAUGUCAGUGUGUGUACAGUUUUAGACAGCUAAGCAAAACGAAGUGACCAAAAAUUAAGUGAAACCCUUUUCAACGAACGAAAAAAUAAAACAAUUAAACGAAGCUCGUGCGAUUUUUGUUGUAGAUUGUGUGCGAAAUAUUGAGACGAAGAGCGAAAGAAACUCAUAAAUUGCAGCUAAUCGGAAUUUUUGGGCGAUCGAUCGCCCAGCGAUGCCAACGCGCUAAUUAGGCAAAACAGUACGAAGGAAUAGAGUGUAACAGAGUCGGGAAAAGAAGUGUUAUAACUGUAUAAUACAAUUUAUAUACAUAUACAAUUGUAUGUAUGUGUAUAUAAACAAAAACAAAAUCUGCUAAAAAGGCGCAAAAAGCUGUGCGAUGUUGAAGAGACGCCGAUGUAAACAGCAACAAAUACAACAACAAAAAUUACAGUAAACACGCCGGGAAUCAGACACUUGGCAACAUGUUGCCAAACAUCGGCUACAUGUUGCUGGUGAUGUGUGCCUUGGCAUCGCUUGCCUUGACAUCAACAUCAGUAUCAGCGUCAUCAGCAGUUGGCGUUCAAUCUGCCUAUGAAGAGUACAGAGAAUGCACUAGCAUUGACAUUCGUAAUAAUUGCAAUAAUAUGCAUAAACUGGAUAAUUGUACCGUGAUCAAUGGCUUUAUGAUGAUAACACUAUUGCCCGUGAGCACUGAAAAAUGCAACUACUCCCUGUAUUCAUUUCCCAAACUUCGCGAAGUGACCGGUUAUGUGAUAUUCACGGACGUGCGCGGUUUAGUGAGCAUCCGUCACAUGUUUCCCAAUCUCACGGUAAUACGAGGUCGUCGUCUCUUCCUCAAUUAUGCACUGGGAGUGACCGGCAUGCCUAAUCUUGAGCUGCUCGAGUUUCCGUCCCUGGUGGCCAUUCAAAGAGGACACGUGUACAUUGGCAACAACCCCAAGCUUUGCCAGUUAAAUAAUCUUAACUUAGACCGAAUCACGUUAUCCCAAGGAAGUAAUCACGUCGUACCAACAGCCAUCAACUGCACAAAUCUUGUCGGCUGCAACGGUUGCCCCAGUUCCUAUUGUUGGUCGAAUUUCACUUGCCAGCGUUUCCAGAACGAUAACGUGGCCCAUAUCGAUAGAGGAGCACACACCUGUCAUGAAGAAUGCCUUGGUGGAUGUUUCAAUGAAACAGCUGCGGGCUGCAUGGUGUGCCGGGGAAUAACGAAUGCGGGCGUAUGUGUCAAACAAUGUCCGCCGGACAAAUAUCUACUGGAGUAUCAUCAGCGUUGUUAUACUCGUGAACAGUGUGCGGCAAUGAAACAUUUCACCUAUAACGGCGACUGUGUGGCAUUCUGUCCAAGUGGAUACAAGGCAAACACCUCGUCAGCAUGCGUCCCUUGUGCUGCAACAGAACCCUGCAUUAGUGUCUGUUCACCGGACCCAAGCGAUGAGGUCAUUGUCAUCUAUAAUUUGGGGGAUGCCGAAGAGCUGAAGGGCUGUCAGAUUGUGAAUAGUAGUCUCUACAUAAGUAUUCGAAAUAAUGUGCAUGAGGAGAGGCUGAUGGAGAGUCUGAGCUCUAUUCGCGAGAUACGUGGUCAUCUCAAGAUCUUUCGCACCUCGUUAACCAGCUUUAAAUUUCUAGAGAACUUGCAACGUAUUCACGGCGAUCCUCUCGAAAAUAAUCACUAUGGAAUAAUAAUUUACGAUAACAACGAGUUGACCGAGCUGUGGGAGCCGAAGGUUCGAUUGGAGUUGGUAAAAGGUGGCAUUUUUAUGCAUCGCAACAACAAGUUGUGCAAUAUGCAUAUGAAAGACUUUCAGCGACGUGUGUCAUACGACAAGGUCCUGGAGUCGUUGCAAACGAACGAUCAAGAUGUGCUCUGUGGUCCCUCUAAGCUGCAACUGAACGUACAGAUACUCUCGCAUCGCACGAUUCGAUUGAUUUGGCCAAAAGCUCAAACGAGCGUGGAACUGGAACUGAUCUACAGGAUCGUGGCAGCAGGCCAAACUGCUGUGGAGGAACUGGAUGCUCCGAUCUGUACGCGCAUUAAUUGGCAGCGAAUGUUGCUCUUUGAGGACGACCUACAGGAGAAUGGCACCCACUACACCUAUCAGCUAGAUCAAUUGCAGUCCAAUACACGAUACGCGUGCCUUUUGCGCACCUUUGGAGGCGAUAUAAAAGAAGAAGCACGCAGCGAAGUGAUCUACGUCCAGACACAACGGGACAUACCAAAGGCACCGUCACUGGCCAUCGUCAAAAGCAUGGAUUUUGUGAUGAUUCUAAGUAUGGGCGCCCAGGAUCACGAUUAUUAUGUGUUGAAUGUCUACGAGUUGCCCGACGAUAAGGCGUAUCUUGAACAGCGAGACUUCUGCAAGCAAAAAACGGUUUUGUGGCAGGAUAUGGAACGCCAGGACUUGGAUUCAGCUCAAGAGUACGACGAAUGUUGUGCUCAUCAUGCAGAGCAGACGGAAGAUCAGCAUUUCAUUGAUGAAAUGAAGGCCCAGUAUCGCUGCAGUCUCGAUGCACCCAAUAACUGUGCCGAUAUCGCCGAUAAGAAGCAGCCGCAACAGCAACUGCGACUAGCACCAAAUACAACUCUAUACGAACUGCGGAUUUUGGAGCGCUAUCGCUUGUACUCUCUGGAGCUGCAGGCAUGCAAUCAGUUUGGCUGCAGCACUCCAACCACGCUAAAUGAACGCACAAAUUACAGUCUGAGUGCAGAUUUGCCGCCGUUGUUAUCUGCCUGCCGUGUGCCAGACUCGAAUCAGUACAUUGUGCGAUUCAAGGAGCCAGCGCAAUCGAAUGGUAUCAUCAACAGCUAUGUGGUGCACUAUAAGAGCAAUGGAUCCUACCACGGGAACGAGUCACAUAUCUAUUGUCUGACGCGACGGGAUCAUGCUGAUGCCAACUAUGUGCUGUCGAGAACCCUAGAAAACACGUAUAUAGCGUGUGCGGUCCGUGUGCAAUCGAUGGCUGGCAGUACUUUGUCUCCAUAUGUGACCAUAACCUCGUGCGACAAGCAGCAAAGUCAACUGCCCUCGACGACAAUGAAGACAACAACACCUAAAACUACAACAACACCAACAACGACGACGUCAACGUCGACGACAACAGCAACUACUGCAACGGAAGCAAUGCCUUCACAUGUGGAGACGGUAACGCCUGUCACAGAACUGGUGGAAACUCACUCGCAUUCCCAUGGAAUCAGCAUAUUCGUAAUAUGCUUUUUAUUUGGGUGUGGCCUGUCGCUUGUCUGGCUCCUGUACAAGCGACGAUGCUGGCGCAAAUGGCCGGGUUUGCGUCGGUAUGUGCCGCUACGGGAGCAAUGGCUGCGCGAACGCCAUCAACCGGAAGAUCGCGAAAUACUCGUUGAUGGCUUUGAGACUGUUCGUUUUCAGAACAACAACAACAGCAACAGCAAUGGUAACAACAGCAUUAACAACAACAGCAAUAGCAGCAACGAGUAUUAACCAUUUUAUGUAUGUAUAGAUAUCAUUUUAAAUAAUUAAAUCAACUUACCAAUCCGAGCAGCAAAAAA